CGAGGAGGAGGCAGCGGCGGCGGGUAGCGGUCUUGAGGUGUCGGACCUUCCUCUUUCUCUUCCACCGCCUUGGGUUCCUGUCGCGGGUCGGGGCCCGGCCGGUCGCCAUGGACUCCCAGAAAGAAGCUCUACAAAGGAUCAUUUCAACUCUGGCAAAUAAAAAUGAUGAAAUUCAAAACUUUAUUGAUACACUAAAUCACACACUAAAAGGAGUUCAGGAAAAUUCUUCUAACAUACUUUCAGAGUUAGAUGAAGAAUUUGAUAGUUUGUAUUCUAUAUUGGAUGAAGUAAAAGAAAGUAUGAUUAACAGUAUCAAGCAGGAACAAGCUCGUAAAUCACAUGAGUUACAGAAUCAGCUAAUUCAGUGUAAUAAUGCCCUGGAGAACUCAGAAGAACUACUAGAAUAUGCAACAAGGUCAUUAGAUAUAAAAGAACCAGAAGCAUUUUCAAAGGCUGCCAGACAGAUCAAGGAUAGAGUCACAAUGGCUUCAGCCUUUCGCCUUUCUUUGAAACCAAGGGUCAGUGACAACAUGACUCAUUUAAUGGUGGAUUUCUCUCAGGAAAGACAGAUGCUGCAAACUUUGAAGUUUUUGCCAGUCCCCAAAUCUCCAGAGAUAGAUCCAGUAGAUUGUUUGGUGGCUGACAAUGCUGUAACAGUUGUUUGGAGAAUGCCAGAAGAAGAUAAUAAAAUUGAUCAUUUCAUACUAGAGUAUCGGAAAACUAAUUUUGAUGGACUUCCACGUGUAAAGGAUGAACAAUGUUGGGAGUUAGUUGAUCAUAUUAAAGGCACUGAAUAUACAUUAUCAGGCUUAAAAUUUGAUUCAAAGUACAUGAAUUUCAGAGUACGAGCUUGUAACAAGGCUGUAGCUGGAGACUAUUCUGACCCAGUGACCCUAGAGACCAAAGCACUUAACUUCAGUUUGGAUAACUCAUCAUCCCAUUUGAACCUGAAAGUUGAAGAUACAUGUGUAGAGUGGGAUCCUACAGGAGGCAAAGGUCAAGAAAGUAAAAUUAAAGGAAAGGAAAACAAGGGCAGAAGUGGUACACCAUCUCCCAAACGAGCAUCCAUAGGCUCCAGGCCACCAUCAGUAAGAGGCAGCAGAGAUCGUUUUACUGGGGAAUCAUACACAGUUUUAGGGGACACUGCUAUUGAAAGUGGACAGCAUUAUUGGGAAGUCAAGGCGCAGAAAGAUUGCAAAUCCUACAGUGUGGGAGUAGCAUACAAAACUUUGGGAAAAUUUGAUCAGCUGGGAAAGACAAACACUAGUUGGUGUAUUCAUGUCAACAACUGGCUACAAAACACAUUUGCAGCAAAACAUAAUAAUAAAGUCAAAGCUUUGGAUGUUUCUGUUCCUGAGAAAAUAGGUGUGUUUUGUGAUUUUGAUGGGGGUCAGCUUUCUUUUUAUGAUGCAAACUCAAAACAGUUGCUGUAUUCCUUUAAGACAAAAUUUACUCAGCCAGUACUACCUGGUUUCAUGGUUUGGUGUGGUGGACUUUCUUUGAGUACUGGGAUGCAGGUUCCAAGUGCUGUGAGAACACUUCAGAAAAGUGAAAAUGGAAUGACUGGCUCAGCUAGCAGCCUGAACAAUGCUACUACACAGUAAUGCCUACUCAGACUAUGUUUACCCUCCCUUUUGAUUGGGUGGCCUUUCCUGUGCAGUAACUAACCACAGGAAGUUGUGAGUGAUGGAAUUCAGGUUUACUAUGCCCUCCUUUAAGGCCUGGAAUCUUUUAGCUUAAGCAUCUACAACAAAGCAUUCACAGUGUUCUGCUAUGAAAUAUAGAGGCACAAGCAGUUAUCCCCCCCCCCCAAAGACCAAUGUCUUAAAUAGUAAAUGGGAAAAAGGCAGUGUUUAAGUAUUUAUUAGGAAAUUCAUUUUUAUGGUUCUUAGAUUACUUAGGUUCUUCUGUAGAGUUUUAUUAUAUAUUGUGACCCUAGUUGCUGGGCUGCAAUGCUUUUAAAGCUUGCCCUUUUUCCUUUCAUGUUCUUGUUUCUAUUAUAUCCUGUUACUUAGUUCUUACACUGAAGCUUUAAAAAUACACAGUCCCCCAACAAUUCAUAAAAAUGGAAAUCAUUCAUUGGGGAUGACAAAAAUGUUAUCUUGUGGUUUAUUUUCCAUUUUUUUAUAAAUAAGUUGUUUGCUAAAUUAACUUAUUUAUUGAUUGCAUAUCAUUUUCCUUUCUAAUAUACUGUGGUAUUUCUCUUGUGUUUAUAACUCAAAGUACAGUGGAAUAAGGGAACACUUAAACAGCUUAAAAUUACCCAGAUUUCGGUGUUAUGCCUUCUAUACUAACAUAAUGGCAGAGGGAUAUAUUUUACAUUUUGCUCUGCUUAGAUUAGGUAAAAAUUUUACAAUCUUUGUUUUCUGGUUUUGUUAUCUAAUUUAAUUCUACCUUUAACCAUUAUCGUUGAUAAAAUUCACACUCAAAUUGGGCACUAAUUAUAAUUGUAACUGAUUUUUAGCAGUUAAAGAGUGCCUAUUUAGAAGUUAAAGUUAUAUAAAAGAUACCCAACUUUUAUCUAAGGAAAGAUAGGUUAUAAAAGGAGAUGCCUAAAAUGUUCUUUACUGGAAGAAUUUAUAUCUUCAUUGUAAUAUGAAGUUUAAAAAACUUGAAAAAUACAUAUCUCUGACUUAUUCAAGUUUUUCAAUCUAUUCAGAGGUUAACUUUUUCUGUUCGUUACUCAUUUGCUUUCUAGAGGCAUAAUAUACUUAUUCCAAGACUUAUUCCAUAGACAAUGUUGAACAAUGAGUUAAAA